AUGGCUUCUGUGAAAACUUCCUCCAUGUUCCAGUCACUGCUACUGCUGCUGAGUCUGGUGGCUAUAGUAAAGGCAGCAAUAGUAAUUUCACAAAAUCCAGAAUGCCCAAAUACUGACGAGAACUUCCCUCAGAGUGUGAGGGUCAACCUAAACAUCCUUAAUCGAAAUGAAAAUGCAAAAUCUAAAAGACCCUCAAAUUACUACAACCGGUCCACCUCACCUUGGGAUCUCCACCGCAAUGAAGACCCUGAGAGAUAUCCCCAUGUGAUCUGGGAGGCAAAGUGCCGCCACUUGUUCUGCGUCAAUCCUGAAGGGGAGAUCGACCACCAUCUGAACUCCGUCCCCAUCCAGCAGGAGAUCCUGGUCUUGCGCAGGGAGCCUCAGCACUGCCCCAACUCCUUCCAGCUGGAGAAGAUACUGGUGACUGUGGGCUGCACCUGUGUCACCCCCAUUGUCCACCACAGGGCUUAA